AUGUCUAACAAAACUUACGAAGAAGAAUUCCAAAACACCCAGGACCUGCUGGUGCAGACUCUUACGUCGGAACCGGUUCAGGCCGACAGGAGGGAGCAUCGAGCUAUACUGGCGAUGUUAUACGUCCGCUACGUAGUCAUAGCGAAUAAACUAAGCGUGUGCGUGGACCUGGUCGUGCAACCUCAAAAGCGGAUCCUAAUCAGGAAGCUUCUGGAAGCGACGCUCGGCAGGAUUUUGGAACUAAAGUACGACUUGGUAGAGGCGGAUCUAAACGAAUGGACCCACUGCGGCGAUAUCAUGGAAAAACUAAAACUUACACCCCCAGACCUGGAGCUGAAAAUUCCGGGCUGUUUCCGAAACGAACGAGUCGAUGAAAUCGCUUACAACAAAAAUGUCAUCGAGGGUGUCUUGUCCAAGCUGGGAUACGUCGAAAAGGAAGAAGAGAAACUGCCGAUGACCGAGCAGCGCGCCAUCUUGAUCAUCCAGACUCACGAACGGGCUAGGCAAGGACGUCUGAGGGCACAGUUCAUGAAGGAGAUUAGAAGCAUGAAGGAGAAGGGCAAACCUCAGUUGAUACCGGAAGGGGAUGGGACAGGAGAUGGAGAGCACGGUAUCAGCUUGUCCGCCGCGUUGAAGAUUCAAAAAAUCUGGAGGGGAUACAUCGCGAGGAGGGCCACAAGGAGGAGGAAGCUGCAGGAAAUGCUACUAAUUGGUAUGAUACCGCCCCCGAAGAAAAAGAAUGAAGAAAUCGAACGGGAUCUUCAGAAUCAGGAGCGUAGACGUCAGCUCCAGGUGGAACGUCGGCAAGUUUACGAAGAAGAAAUCGAACAUGUUCGUCAGCAUUUGGAGGCUACCCAGAAAGCUGUGGUGUUAGAACAGCUGAGCGACCAAGUAAGGGGUUGGCUGACGGAGUACAAAGCACAGACGGGAAAGAUUCCAGAGUACACUGGCUCUGACAGAAGCACUUCCAGAAUAAUGCUCAGCCGUCAGGGAACCGACAGCGGUUCGGCCAAAUCUUCGCCCGUGUCUUCGAAAGACUCGAAGAGCAAAAAGGACAAAUCGGGAAAAUCUUCGAAAGAGCCGAAAUCUUCCGAAACCGACGAGGAAGAGAGCAAGUCCAGAGCUCUGGUGUCGACUUUCGUUCCAGAACUAAAUCUAAGGAAGGAAGAGUACGACGACGUCUGGCGGAACAGAGACGAGACAAAAAAUCCCAGACAGUACCAUUACAAAGACAUAAUCGAGCACCAGCAGAUGACGGAGAUGGAAAAUGAGCUCAGGAAAGUGGUCGACGAAAUGAUGAGACACGAAUUGCUGCUGCUUCAGGAAGCGUACGAUAAAGACCGCGGACACAAAGGCAAGAAGAAAACCAGCAAAAAGGCGAGGAAAGCUGGCAAGAAGGGUAAGAAGAAGAAGGAGAAAGAUCUGACGCCCGACAGGACUACGGAGUCGCUGUUCGAAGAGCUCGUCGCCAAUGGAAUCAUUAAGAAGUAUCCAGAAGUGUGGUUGAACGAUUUCAAGGGCGAAAGGUCCCACCACCAGCCCACCCCCUUCAACAAGGGUAAAGAACCGCCGCCGGACCUGGGCGACGUGCGCCAAAUCCUCACUGAGUAUUGCGUCGUACCCCUUUUAUCGCCUCAGCUGCAUCAGUCCGCUCCCCACGUGAAAUCCGUCCUUUUGGCUGGUCCGCGGGGUUGCGGCAAAGACAUGCUGGUCCACGCCGUUUGUACCGAAACGGGGGCGGUACUUUUCGAUCUCACCCCGGCGAAUAUCGUGGGCAAGUACCCCGGAAAGUCGGGGUUGAUCAUGCUGAUUCACCUGGUGGUAAAAGUGUCGAGGUUGCUUCAGCCGUCGGUGGUCUACAUGGACUGCGCAGAGAGGCCGUUUGUGAAGAAGGUACCAAAGACGGACAAAACCGAUCCGAAACGUUUGAAGAAGGACUUGCCGAAAAUGAUAAAAAAUUUCGGCGUCGAAGACAGGGUGAUUUUAAUAGGCAUCACCAAUUGCCCGUGGGAAAGCGACCAGAAGCUGCUGCAGCAAGUUUACCAAAAGUUUUUAGUGGUACCAAGGCCUAACUACAGUUCCAGAUACCACAUCUGGACGCAUCUACUGGAGCAAUACAUGGUAGCGAGCUGGACUUUCGAUACGAGCGUCAUAAGUAAAAUUUCUGACGGCUACACGGUAGGUUCCAUAUUGAGCACCGUCAAAGAGGUGAUAACGGUAAAAAGGAUGUUGCAGCUGAAAAUCCACCCUCUGAGUCCCUUGGAACUGGUCAAUGCGCUGUGUAAACGAACGCCAGUCUACAGGGAGGAAGAAGAAGCGAUGGAUCAGUGGUGGGCCAAAGUGCCGCUGGCGAGACGCAGAGCUAGAGCGGUGGAACUUCUGCAAGAAGAGGAGGCUGAACUCCAAGCGAAACAGGCCAACGCCAAAAAGAAACUGUGAGAUUAUUUGGGUUUCACACGACAAGGUAUUAAUUGCUUUAAGGAAAAAAUGGAAGGGGUUGGAAUACGGAACCGGUCCUGUUUGCGAAACCGACUAAAAGUUCAAGGUUUUGGGGGAAUCGAUAAGGGCACCAACGCGAUUGCCGUUCAUGCCAGUUUGCAGUUUUCUUCUCUUUGUUACCCAAUUAAAAUAAAAUUAUUUAUAAGCACAUAAAAGUUGCUUUUUUCCUAUUCCUUUCUCUAUGUGUUAUUUUAACUCGUUAAUUCAGAUACCGGUAAUUCUAACAGUAAAACAUUUGAUUUAAUUUAAUUUAAUGAUUUAAAUUAAAUAAAGAAUUAAGCUUCUAAAAUUUUACACGUGUUUUUUUUGUGUUGUUUGUAAAUUUAUUUUUAAGACAUUUUCGGCAGCUAUGGUCUUGUGUAUUUAAAAAUGAAGUAUUUGAGAACGUAUACUGAUCAUAAAAAAUAGAAAAAAAAUGUUUUUACUGUUUAUAUUAGGGUAGGAACCUUAAAUUUUUGAUAUAAAUAUCAUAGAAAGUUUAUAUACUCAUAGGUCAAAUGUUUAAAUCGCAUAGAUA